GGUUGCCAUUUCCUUCUCCAGUGCAUGAAAGUGAAAAGUGAAAGUGAAGUCGCUCAGUCGUGUCCGACUCCUAGUGACCCCAUGGACUGCAUAUUCAGUGCUCAAUAAGCACUUUGAUUUAGUCAGGCAGUCCAUGCCUGGGGCUGUUGUGGUAACCACCCCCAGCUUCUUGAGAAGUCCAGAGCCCACCAGGAAUUUCACGCAGCCUGCAAAGGCUCUCACUGCCCCCAGCCAGAGUCAAGGGCUUCCUCUUGCCCUGGUAUUUCCUGGGAGCUCCUGGGGCAGAAGACGUGCUAGCCUUGGGGGCGCACCUAACAGCCUGGGGACCACAAAGGCAAAGGAAACCGCCUUCCCCUCCCAUCUCCUCCUCCACACCCCUUUGUUUUCAAGCACCCAUCUCCACCAGCUCUGCUGUGACCCCUAUACCUGUUCCAGAGUCACCAACUUGCCAUCCCAUUUUCCAGUAAAGAUCUAGGAAUCCCCAUUCCAGAACCCACCCACCAUCCCCACCUGCUGCAGCUGAGACCCCAGAGCCCCUGUCAUCACCUGGGACCCUCAAAAAGUGAGUGAUGCCUCUCUCAUCACAGGGCAAUGUAGGAGCGGGGAGGGUGGGGCAGGAUGCUGGAGUGGGUGGAGCCAGGGCCACUUCCUUUCCCCUUGGGGCCCUUGACCGCCAGUCUUGCCCCAGCUUCAGGAGGAGUUGGAGCAGCCUGGUCGCAGCCCUGUGCCCUUUUCAAGUGAGCUGGUCCCAACUCCUGCUCAUGCCUUUUGCUUUGGAAAUGAUCCUGCUUCUCCUCCUCUUCGGGAGCAUGAGGGCGGAAAACCUGACUGAAGUGUCUCCAAGCAGCUCUCCUUUGCGGAUAUCUAAACCCACAACAUACUUUCUUUCUUCUUCGGUCUCUGGGAAGCUAACAGUCAACUCAGUGACAACCAGUCUUACAACAAAGACGGUCUCUAAGAUGAGUGAUAACCUUGAGCACCAGACUUUCCCGCCUUCCUAUAUACCCAGUGUGGUGUCCUCUCUUGAAACUUCCCCUGCUGCCAGCAGGGACAGUCCUGUAUCUGAGUCAACAAUCUCCCAGGAGGAUUCAACCGAGAAGUCAGCAAUGCCCAUGAAAAUCUCUGAUACCCCCAGCAUACCUGGUGUCUCAGUAAUGAAACCUACAGGACUCCCUACUAUGACUGGUGAAACCGUGGCAACUAGCCCUCUGGAUACCUCCAGUGGGACCAGUGGAACCCCUGUCACCAUGGCAACUAGCCCUCUGGAGACCUCCAGUGAGACCAGCAAAGUCCUAUUAACUAUGGCAACUAGCUCUCUGGAGAUCUCUGGUGGGACCAGCAGACCUCCUGUCACCAUGGCAACUAGCCCUCUGGAGACCUCCAGUGAGACCAGAAAAGUCCUAUUAACUAUGGCAACUAGCUCUCUGGAGAUCUCUGGUGGGACCAGCAGACCUCCUGUCACCAUGGCAACAAGCUCUCUGGAGACCUCCAGUGGGACCAGGGAACCCCUUGUCACCACAGCAACUAGCUCUCUGAAGACCAUCAGUAUGACCAGUGGAUCCCCUGUCAUCAUGAAAACUGGCCCUCCUAAGACCUCCAAGGGGACCAGUGGACUCCUGGUCACCAUGCCAGCUACCUCUCUCAAGACUCCCAUGGGGACCAGUGGCCCCACUAGCCAUGGCGUAACAACAUCCAGCCCAAAUACCUCCACAGAUGUAAGUAGGAGGGACAAACCAAUUCCAGCUCAGGGGACAAACGGCAUCCUGCUGGUGGUUGUGCUCGUGGCCCUGCUGGUGGUCGUUGUCCUCGUGGCAUCAGCCCUGUUGUGGUUCCGGCGGCAGAAGCGGAAGACGGGAGUCCUGACGCUGAGCAGAAGUGGAAAACGCAAUGGGGUGGUAGAUGCCUGGGCUGGGGUCGCCCGGGUGUCUGAUGAGGAGGCCAUGACAGCGACAGAGGGAGCGUCUGGGGGGAACAAUGACUCUGAUGGCCCCCGCAGGGAGGGGUCUGCCCAGCGACCCACACUCACCACUUUCUUUGGUAGACGGAAGUCUCACCAGGGCUCCAUGGCGCUGGAGGAGCUAAAGGCAGGGGCAGCCUCCAGCUUAAAGGGGGAAGAGGAGCCGCUGGUGUGCAAAGAGGAUGAGGGUGCAGAGGCCCCUACUUCUAAUGGGCCAGAAGUGAGAGAGGUGAAGACCCCUUAAUGCUCAAGAAUCUCAAGGCUAGAGUUUAGAACCAUUCCUGCUUUUAUCACCUUCCCUCCCAUCAUCACCAAGAGGUUGAUAUCCAGCCUCCUCAUCCGUCACCCAGCAUUUUCACCCAGCGCUCUUUGGAUUUUAAUACAGCAUCUUCACCCUCAAUCUUCAUUCAGCUUCUUAACCCUGGCUCUUUUAGCCAGCAUCCACCCCCAGCAUCCACCCCCAGCACCUAGACCAGGGCCUACACCCACUGAACACUUGCAGAUGGAACGAAUGAAACUUCCUCAUCAACCCCUACUUCUCCCCAUCACAUUUUCUCCACAUUUUGGUCCUUGAAACUAGCUGCCGAGUCUCUGGAAAUGCCAAACUUCCUGGAUUGAUGAUUUCUCAGCUGAUUCCCCACAAAUAUCAGGGAAGAAGGAAUUGGCAACCCAGCAACCUCCCACUUCAGGAUUACUCUGGAAAGUACAUAAUGGCCCCAUGGAUUAGGACAUUUGUAGUAGAUUAGCCCAUGAACUGCCUGUAACUCUGGGUGCCAGUGGUCUGUGCCAGGCUGGCCCAGAGCAUGGGCUGGGUGGCGUCACCUCGGGGUGCUUUCAGUGUAUCUGUGACAGCCCCAGGCCCCUAGACUGGCCCAUGGUCCCAGCUGCCACACUCCCCCCAACUCUGGAUGGAGGCGGCCAGAGGCUUCGGUUGUUUCUCCUCCCAAGAGCAGAGGUGAGAAGUUUCUGGGCAGGUGUAGUUCUUAGAAGUCUUGGCGUCUGCGUGGGUCCACUCAUGCGUGCGGUUUGUGUGCAGGAGGCAAGGACUUGGUGAUGUUGUGAACGACAGUGGGGAGCAGUACAGACAGUGUAAGGGAGGGGCAGGAAAGGCUGCGGAGGCUGGGGAGAUGCCACCCUAAAGAGGUGCUGAGAACAUAGGCACCCUUGUCUUUGCUCAGAUGGGUGGGGAUGGAAAAUUUAGUUCUGUCUGGCCUGGCGUGAGAGAAAGACUGCAUGUGUGACUGAGUGUCGUUCUUCAACUCAGCCUCAAAGUACCCCGUAACCUCUACCCCUAUCCCCACUUCCCCCCCCACCCCUCCAGCCACACCCUCCCCCGCUUGCCACCCCCUACUCUUUCAUCCAUCAUCCCCUCCCCUCCCCCCACCACCCCUCCAAUGGGCACACUGAGUCCCAGGACUCACUGAUGCUGUUACCUGUUCAAUGUGUUUGUGAGAGAGGGAGCUGUGACAGGUCCCAGAAGCAGGAGCAUCCCUGUGGCUCUGGGAUGGAGAAAAGGGGAACAGACCCAGCUGCACUAUCUCUGAGACCAGCCCAGGCCAGUGCCCUGGGCACCACGUGGACCCGGAGGCCGUUGGUAUUUCCCCAGAACAAAGAGGAUUUUCAAAGAGGAAGUUGUUAAGAGGAGCAGUGACCAAGAGCAGACGUACUGACCUACAAAAGGAGAGGCCAGGGGACACCAUGGUGGUGUGACUGCCAGGUGGUUUGGAUCGGAGGGGAUGUGGGAGACUGGGAGAGGGCUGGGUCAGACAGUUCAUGGGAGGGUGGGGGAGAGAUGGGGAGAGAAGUGGCGGAAAGUGGCUAGGGACCCACCCAGAAUUGUGCCACCCACACCUGGGGAAGCAGGGGUGGAAAUCUAGUCUUCCGCACACAUGUCUGGGUGCCCUUUUUUUGUUUUGGCCAUGCCGUGCAAGCAGGAGGGAUCUUAGUUUCGCAACCAGGUACGGAACCCGUACCCUUUGUCAAAAUAAAUAAAUAAAAAAUAAAAUAUUUAAAAUACU